AUGCCACACGGGACGACGACCACGCAAGAGAUGGCCUUUCCCAAUACUGUAUGUGGAUGCGAUAGCUCGUCUAGAGGAAAAUCGCUAACAGAAGGUCAGUCACGCCCAUACAUGACUGCUGGCAGCACUGCGACCGAUAGGAAAGGCACUGGGACGAGCUUGAACACUGGCUUUGGCAGUUCGAGCAUUCCUUGGGGCCCGGGUGGUCCUUGGGGUUCGAACAGCACAUGGAAUAGCUCGGGGUUGACGAACGGCUUCGGGUCGAGAGCUGCGACGAGAGAAGACUCGGCGGUGGGAGGAGGUUCUCGGCCGUCUUCCACGAGCGACACAGAGGCUACAGAACAAAAGACUGGAUCCGCGUCGCUUAUAGACCCUUCCGAUCCUGAUGACUGGAACUGCAGGGACCCAUGGGGCGCCAAAAGAAGCGCGACUUCAACUCGCUCAACAUUUCAGUCGAGGCCCAGCGAGCCGUCAAGCUUCCAGCAGCGUAGUUUCAGCGGCUUAGUCGCACCUCCAACAGCGUCUUCCAGGGCAGAAAGCUUUGGCUUCGGCUCGCGCCCGCAGACCAUCAACAUUACCGCCAAUUCCAAUUCUCACCCGAGGCCGGGAUUCACUCCAGCAUACUCAAACGGUGCUUCCGGAAGAGGUCCUGAGCAGCCAAUGAAUGUAUACACCAAAUUCGACCGUCCCGAUGACCCAGGCGCAAGAAAGCUUCCAGACUCAGCCAAGGACGGGAUUUGGCAAGACCACUCACCUACGACUGAGCGCAAAUCCAGCCAGCCGAUGCCUUUCGGCAAUCGUGCUUUCAGCCAGCCUGUGUCCAGGGAUGCCAGUACGCCUUCAUCUCGCCCAGGAGGCGAGCAAUCUGCUUUUGGGCCUUCAAAUCCCUGCCGAUCCUCUCAGCGGUCUACCCAAGCCAACUCUCGCGCACCAUCGCUUUCGUCCCGGAGCAACUUCGCGCAGCAGUCGCCGUAUGAGCCAAACCCAGAUUACUUGACUGCGCAGCUGAACCAGCUCGCGCUGAACGGAGGCAGCCGUCCACAGUCUACCUACGAGCCUGAGACUCCCGCAUACACGCCUUGGCCCAACACUCCAUUUGCAAUGUCCUCGGGACCGGGCCCUUCGCGCUUGAACUGGAACGGCUUUCCGAGCAAUAUGACUGACGAUAUGGAAGAAGGUGAUGCGAGCGCGAUCGGCUACUACAGGGGGGACGACCAGCUCAGCCCACACUCAAGUCGUCCAUCGGUCAAUUUCGCGAUGCUGCGCAACAACAGCCGCUUCAACCAGACGCCGACUGCCCCGGUGUUCAAACCUGGACGGCCUUACACCGGUAUGAGGACACCCUCUGGUUCUUUCGACGUAGCAAGCAUGUCGUCUCUACAAAUUGGCUCCGACGACUUCAAACCGCAAGCGAACUUCAGGACGCAGGUGCAGAAUCCUCCUCCGUACACGGACCCACGAACACAACAACUGCUUACUCCAGCGCAUAUGCGAAUGCCUCUUGGAUCUUUCUUCAACCCAUACGCAAUGCCGAACGCAAUCCAAUUGGGCCAUGUCACUUAUGGCCAGAUUACGCCGGUUCACACGCCGGAGCACCUGAUGCCAUCCGAGGACGGUUCAGGUCGAGAGGGUGUUCAAAGUCAGCUGAUGUACGACUUCAAGACUAGCCCGAAGACGAGAACGUUUCAGCUCAAGGACAUCUACGACCACAUCGUCGAGUUCGCUGGCGACCAACACGGCUCGAGGUUCGUGCAGACGAAGCUGGAAGGUGCCAACUCCGACGAGAAGGACCGCGUCUUCCGCGAGAUCGAGCCCAAUGCUCUCCAGCUCAUGACCGACAUCUUCGGUAACUAUGUCAUCCAGAAGUUCUUCGAGCAUGGCGAUCAGACGCACAAGAAGAUCCUGGCUCAGAAGAUGAGAGGUCAGGUCUUGACUCUCAGUCUGUCAAUGUACGGCUGCCGGGUGGUGCAGAAAGCGCUGGAUCACGUCCUGGUCGAUCAACAGGCUGAACUCAUCGGAGAGCUCAAGAAUCAUGUCAUCGACUGUGUUCGCGACCAGAACGGCAACCACGUCAUCCAGAAGGCCAUCGAGCGCUGUCAGCCACAUACCAUCCACUUUAUCAUCAACGCGUUCCAGGGCGAAGUGCAAGGGCUCGCCAUCCACGCAUACGGGUGUCGAGUCAUUCAACGCUGUCUGGAGCGAUGCGACCCACACUCCAAAGCCAGGGUCAUGAGCGAACUAAUGAACGGCAUCAACAGCAUGAUUGCUGACCAGUUCGGCAACUACGUCGUGCAACACAUUGUGGAACACGACGAGGGUGCCGGGCGGAAGAGCGUGCUGGACAUUGUCAGCCGUAACCUGGAGUCGUUCAGCAAGCACAAGUUCGCGAGCAACGUCGUCGAGAAGUGUCUUGAGCGCGCUGAUGACCAGUGGAGACAACGUGUCGUCUACACGCUCGUGAACAACCCUCGUCGAGGAGAAGACAACGCGGUAUUCGUCAGCAUGAUCAAGGACAGCUUUGGCAACUACGUGAUUCAAAAACUCCUCGACACCCUCUCCCCAGACGACUACCUCUACUUCCUCACCGAACUCCAGCCCGCCAUCAAUACCGCCAAGCGCACCGGCUGCGGCAAACAAGUCCUCUCCAUCGAAAAGAAAAUGCACCGCUACUCGCCGCCCUUCCGCAACAGCAACUCCGGCCCUCAUGGAAAUGGUGGCGGAGGUUUCUACCAGCUCCCUCUGCCGACGCCGCCUUUUGCCAGCUUUGCGAAUUCGGCGACGAACACGCUGCCCCCGCCGCCGCUGCCGCUGACGUCGGAUACGCGGAGUUUAAUGAGUGAGGCGGUGGGGAGUGGGGGCGGGGAUGCGGUUGAGGGGGCGCCGGAGGGGUUUCGGGGGGGGAGGGGCGGGGAGUUGGGGGUUGGGGAGGGGUUUGGGCAUGGGCAUGGACGAUGA